CUGAAGUCUUUACUCGAGUAGUCUGCUGGACAACGGAGGAAGCUUCCACCCAUGUUUGGAAAUGUUUACUGUGGUCGCCGUCCGUCAAGGAAACCGCUAGAACGUGCUCUAGGGAAUAUUUGCUCCCCCGGCUGUCCUUAAUAGUUGUGACUCCUUUCAGCAGCAACUUUAUUGUUUAUUCGGUAUGGCUCACGCUAAGAUCCAGGCGAAAAUGAACGAAGCCGCAAAAGGAAAUAUGUUCAGUAGAUCUAUGUCAAUGGCCGAUCGUUCUUCGCGACUUCUAGACAAUUUGGACCAACUUGAGACGAGGGUGGAGGCAUUGAGAGACACAGCCACCGCAAUGGAGCAAGAAAGGGAGUGCUUGUUGGAGAUGAUUCAGUCCCUACAGAACAGCCAAGAAAUGCGCAGCAUCUGUGACGGUGAAAGAGAGGAGCUUACGCUGACAGCCGACCGUCUCAUGGGAAGGACACUGACGGUCAACGUUUCUGUGGAUACAAUUCGCAACCCUGAGCAGGAGGACGCUCUACAAAAAGCUAUGGCGCUCAUCGAUGUCAUCGCCGCCAAGGUGCUCGACGACAUGGAGGACGCAAGGAAGAGGCUGAUGGCUCUGCACGCAGCUUGCGUGACAGAGGCGCCGCCCGUGCCUAUCGAUCAGAAAUUCCAGAUGAUUGUGAUUAGCUGCGCUUUGGAGGACCAAAAGAAGAUAAAGAGGCGGCUGGAAACUCUCAUCAGAAACGUGGACAAUGCCGAACGAAACAUCAAAAUCAUGGAUAAUCAGAAGGUGGAGUCAGAAAAAUCAAAGUCGAAUGGCAAAUAGAUGUACAAUAAGCAUCAUAAUUAUGAUUAAUAAAGAUUUCAAGUUUUUUUAAUCAUAA